AUGCAGGAUGGUUCAAAUUAUCUGGGGCUUGAUAAAAAGCAGCAAAAGGGUUUACAUCUGGUUCUUAGUUUGGCACCAUCCCAGGCAAUGGCGCCAAAAAUGUCUGCCUUGCCAAUUAGAAAAAUAACUAGACUUAAGCAUCCACAUUUUUUUGGAAGGAUGAGGAGUGAAGUAUGUGGUGUCAAGAAUGAGGAGAAAAAAAGAGCCAAUCUAAAUGGAGGAGGCAACAGAGCUAGUUUGGGGGUUUCGUGUUCGAGUCCCGGGGAUGGCAAGUGCUUGGACCCCAAUGCCCCCGAGUUCACCCCUCCUUCGAUAUUGUAUUCACAGCGCAUAUUCAGUCCGCCUGUGAGUUCUCAUAACAUCUAUGGACAAAUUUCUGUAGUUCACCUCAGCAGUGAAAUGCAGCAACAGCAAAAGCCAUUAUGGCAUUUAUCUCCUGCUCAAGACAGUUUUGACAAUGGAGGUGUCCAUCAUUUGAGUUACAACACGAGCUUGACUCCCCGGACUUGUUACAGAGAUUCUGCUACUUUUUACAUGUUUGACGAGAAUUCAGCAGAAUUAUAUGAGGGCACCCCUCGUACUACUCUCAUGGUCAGAAAUAUUCCCAACAAGUACAGCCAGUCUGAGCUGAUAAAAUUGCUGGAUGAGCAUUGUUUACAGCAGAACAGUCAAAAGUCUGGUUCAAAUGAAGUUGAAUCCGCCUAUGAUUUUGUUUACUUGCCUAUUGAUUUCAAAAACCGGUGCAAUUUGGGUUACGGGUUUGUAAACUUCACGAGUGUUAAAGGGGCACUGAGAUUCUAUAAGGCUCGCCAUUUAAAAAUGUGGGAACGCUUCAAUUCAAACAAGAUUUGCGAGAUAAGUUAUGCCCGCCUGCAGGGAAAGGCAGCUUUGGAAGAGCAUUUUCUGAACUCCACAUUUCCAUGCAACACUGAAAAAUAUUUGCCGGUGAAAUUCUCACCACCACGCAAUGGAAUCCAAUGCACACCACCAACAGUCGCAGCCGGUCAUCUGUCAGGGAAGCGUAGUUUUAGAUGUAAUUCUACUCCACUUUCAAAUUCCUCUAAUGUGGUCAUGAAUGCCAUUGAGAAGAAUUCAAAGAGCUGCGAAAAUGGUGCCACUAAUGAUAUUAAUAGUAAUGUUUCUUCACCAGACGGUGCUAAUGUACCAACGAACUAA